AUGUUCAUUUCUUCUUUACGUGCAAAAUGGACACUUGUUCUAGUUGCUAAUCUUAUAGUAAUCGGUGGAAUAAUUUGCUACUGGUUUGGCGGAUUGUCUGUAAUUCCAGAUUCAAUCCCUCAGAUUUCAGAAACCCCUCCCCCUCAAGAAAAUAUUCAAAUCACUCAACAACCAUCCCAUACAGUAACAGUAACGGUUCAAGUAACUCCUACAUCUUCCAGCACUGAACUAACCUCAAUAAAACAUUGCGAUCCUUACCAGGAACCAGGAUACUUUGACAUUACAGAUAAAGUGCAUUCUAAUAUGAAAUAUAUUUCACUUAACCCAUCAUGCCAACCAAUGGCUUCAAACAUAGUUAACCGCAUAAAAGAAAAAGACUCCAUUCCUGAACUAUUAAAUAAAACUAUGAUAUUUAUUGGAGACUCUGUCGACCGUUUCCAUAUUGAUCGCCUAUGUUCCUCUACUUUAUCAAACGAAUUCAAAACAUAUCAAGAUGAUCAUAACCAUAUAUGGAACACCACUGAUAAAGUACCUAACAGCUUCCCACGAGUAUGCAACAAUGACAUUUACAAUUUCACAGUAGUCAAUUAUUUCAUUUACGGGUUUGACUUGCAAGGCGUCUGGGCUGACAGAAAAAAGGUCUUCCCAGAACCCUUCAAAUGGCGCGAUCGUGUAGAUCUUUCGCUUAAUGCUUAUCAGACGCUUAAUAGAGGCGACCCUCAUGUUGCAUUUAUAGGUAUUUCAUUAUGGGAGCUUGCUCGGUUUGAUAUUUUAUCCAAACUUGCCAAUGAUACUGAAGUUAUUAGUUUUAACGAGACUCAAUUAAAUGAGUACCGUGAUAAUCUUGUAGAAUUGAUAACAACGUUACGCCAAAGGAUGCCCCAAACUCGUCUUGUUUUCCGUGAGUCCCAUUUCCCUAAAUCAAAUCCAAACCGGUUUGAUGGUGAUAAGUUACCACGAACUUAUCGUUUCUCAGCACAAAAAGUGAGCCAGUUAAAUCGAAUUGCUUCUGAAGUGAUGACAAAGAUGAAAGCUGAGUACUGGCCUGUUGGUGAGUUGACUCAAAACAUGCCUAAAGAGCAGAUUUUACAAGAUAUUGUUCAUCCUAGUGGAACUGCAUUAGAACUUAUUUGGGUUCCAGGAGUUUUUGAAUAUUUGAUGCGAACAACCCUUAAUUAUCAAGUACUGUGA